AUGAGAAUCAGUAGCCAACUAGCUGGACUUUUUGCCCUCUUUUGGGUCGCCUACAUUGGCAUGCGCUGCGUAUACAAUUUGUUCUUCCAUCCUCUUCGUAAGAUUCUCGGCCCAUGGAUGGCUGCUAUGACAUCUCUCCCUGACUUCUGCGGAACUUAUGAGGUUGAAAAGGACCUCUCUACUGUUGCAGGACUUGGUGUCCCCGCUUCUGCAGCCGCAACUAUAUCCUAUGCGUUGCAUCGCUCCCGACGCGGCUAUAUGAAUCCAUACUUCUCGAAAACGUCUAUCAAAGCUAUGGAGCCUCUUUUCCACGAGCGGAUUACUGCUCUCCUAGGUCGUCUCGAUCGCGCUCUUCCCGAGGAUAAGAGAAUCUCCCUUGACAAAGCUUUCUCUGCCAUGACAGCCGACAUCAUCACACAGCGCUUUUUCGGAUAUCACUACGACUACCUCAGCGUGCCCGACCUAGUAUUCCCCAUCAAGGAAGCUUUCCAGGGCGCAUCAGAGAUCUUCCACUGGACCCGCUUCGUACCAUGGGCCGUCAAAUACCUAAAUAUGUUGCCUCUUUCUGUUAUCCGUUCACUUUUUCCGUCUGUUGCUACUUUGCUAGAAUUGCAAAAGGAAAUUGGGAACAAGAUCAUCGAGACGCGUGGAAACAAGGAUGAGGGAAAGCAGAAAUCUGUCAUCAUGCAAGCAUUAAGUGAUGAGUCGAUUCCAAAGUCAGAGCGUACGAUGCAACGCCUAUUAGAUGAAGGUCAGCGCGCUCUCUCUGUCGGCAUGUUCUAUCUUCUGUCUGAUAGGUCACUGAUUAGAAAAUUACGUGCUGAACUGUCACAAGUCGCUCAUAUUCCUGAGAUGGAGUUGAUCACUGCAAAACUUGAGCCUUUGCCUUACCUCACGGGGGUGGUCAAAGAGUCAAUCCGACUUUCAUACGGUCCACUCACCCACCUCCCUCGUGUUUUUGUCGACAAAACAUUACAGUACGGCAAGUACUCGAUCCCUCCAGGAAUGCCCAUGAGCCAAUCCACAUACUUCGUGCACAACAACCCAGAGAUAUUCCCAAACCCGCUCAAAUUCGCGCCAGAGCGCUGGGUUGAGGCCGCAGAGAAGGGAAUCCCUCUUAACAACUGGUUGACCAGCUUCACUAAAGGCUCGCGCCAGUGCUUGGGCAUUGGAUUGGCACAUGCGGAGAUGUAUCUCACGUUCGCUCGUGUGAUUCGGAACUUUGACAUGGAGCUUGAAAACACGACUGCAAAUGACGUUUCGAUCAAUAGUGUGUUGAUUAUGGGACAGUCUAAACCCGAUAAAAAUGGAGGCCCAGGUCAGGGUGAGGUUGAAGUCAUGAUGAUUCGAAAGCUUGAGGCUUGA